UUCGGUAGGUCGCGGUCGUGGUGAUUCGGAACGGAAUAAAGCUUCAAAUUUCAUCGGAAUAUUACCGGGUGCUCGGGUGAAAAUCUGUACCGAAUUAAUCGGAAAAGUGUUGUGGAAACUCGAGUGAAGGUAAAUGAAGUGAAAAUUUGCGUGUGGAAGCUAGUGUUUAUUAACAAAAAAAAGAAAAGAAAAGAAAAGAGCAUGUCCCUGAUCGGAAGAGUCGGAUCACAAAUUUGGAAAAGAGUGUGCGUAGUUGAAUAAAUUAUUCCCCGACCCCCGAAAUACACUCAACAACAACAAAAAAGAAGAAAAGAGGUCUGCCGCUCGCUCAAGACGAACAACAACAGAUGGUGAAGUAGCAACCAGCCACCAAAGGCACAAGGCAUAAACAAGAAGAACGGGCCCAUUCUCGAAAAUUUUAAGUGUCGGAAACCCGCGCGUGUGUGAAGGAAGUGGUGACUGAGGAGUCUGAACCUGAACCCCAUGACUGCUCGUUGGUUUUUUUUAAAUUUUGUUCUGGAAGUGUAUGUAUUAGUGUUAUAGUGGGGUGGUGGUUGAAGAUCGUCGUCCGUCCUUUUUUUGUUGUUGGCUCUCUUCCGGGGUGAUUUUGGAUGAAGUGAGGAAGAGAAGAGCCACCAAGGCGUCGACGACAGCACAGAAGGACUCAUCGUGCUCCAUCAUCAUAGUCAUUCGGCGGCGAUGGACACCUCGGACGAUGAUCUUUCCGAGCACUCCCAGGGGGAUAAGUCGAACAAAACACGGUGGACUAAGCAUGAGGAUGCCGCACUAAAAUCGCUCGUAGAACAGAACGGCGAACGAUGGGACGUGAUCGCCAAGUUCCUCAAGGAUCGCACCGAUAUCCAGUGCCAGCAGCGAUGGACCAAGGUUGUCAAUCCGGAUCUCAUCAAGGGACCGUGGACCAAAGAGGAGGACGACAAAGUCGUCGAACUGGUCACCAAAUAUGGACCGAAAAAAUGGACCCUGAUCGCGCGGCACCUGCGCGGUCGCAUCGGAAAACAGUGCCGGGAGCGUUGGCACAAUCACCUUAAUCCGAACAUCAAAAAGACAGCAUGGACAGAGGAAGAGGAUAACAUCAUCUAUCAGGCUCACUUGCAGUGGGGUAACCAGUGGGCGAAAAUUGCCAAACUGCUACCGGGGCGUACUGAUAAUGCGAUCAAAAAUCACUGGAACUCCACGAUGCGAAGGAAGUACGAAGGACCGGAAGCUACCAGGCGAAAGCCCAAAGCAACCGCCACAAGUUCGGCAAAUAAUUCGCAAAACAGCAAUUCCAUAUCGUCGAAUCCCGCAUCGGUAGCUCAGCAGCCGGCCACUCAAUCGCAAACUUCCAGCCAGAACAGCUUGCGUCAAAUCAUUUGCAAUAACCGCAAGAAAGCUUCGAUUGAAAGCAUGAACGAGGACUCGCUGGACGACAACGGUGGUCCGAUAGCCGUUUCCACCGAUCAAGGAGACUUCAUUAUAUCUCCCCUGCCGAAUGCCACGAGCGAAAAUCAAUUCGUGAUAGCACCGCUGUAUGCUUCCAGGAAGACUACGUCGAGUUUCAUGAACAAUAACAACAAUAAUAUCAUUAGCCGGAGCAGUAGCACCAACAGUAGUAGUAGUACCAGCAAUCAGAAUUCCAAAAACGCCCACCAUCCGUACCAGCCCACCAGUGUGGACUUCAAUGAUCUGCUCAGUGGGAACGACGAGGAAAGCAAGGACCGAAAGUUCAAAAUCAACACUCCGAGUAUACUGAGGAGGAAGCGGAAGUUCAAUGACGAAAAUGAAAUGAACAACCUUCAGCAACAGAUUCUGAUGGCUCACCAGCAACAACGGCAGCAGCAACUCCUGCAGGUGACAUCCGCCGCGAGUCAAGCACUAACAACAACGGCCAGCGGCACCACCCAUCUGCAUGUGUCCCAGCAGCAUCAGCAUCAACAACAACAGCACCACCAUCCGUCGUCAGCGGACACUAACGAAAAACACCUUCUCUCACCGACAGUCACCCCAAUCAAACCACUUCCGUUCUCACCCAGUCAGUUUCUUAACUCACCCAGCUUGAAUGUUUCGUUCGAUCAGCUUCCUGCCAGCACCCCCGUUAAACGAGCUAACUUUAAACUCAACGACACUAGUCUUCUCAGCACUCCGAUACCGGCCAAAGAAGGGCAGCAGCAGGUGAAGAAGGAGCCAGUCGAUGACGAAUCCAAAGCGGCACCACCAAGUAAAACUCCCCUGAAAGAUCUAAAGUCUUCGCUGGAACCACGAACGCCAACGCCGUUCAAGAAUGCGAUGGCAGAACUGGGCAAGCGGAGAUCAGAAGUUUACAUUCCCCCAAGUCCGGCUCGGCUCGGUGAGGACAUCGCCGAAAUCAUGAGCAGCGAACAGCAGGCCAAAGAAGGCAACUCAACUGCCGAACUCAACCAGACCGUUACCAACGGAGGAAGCAGCAGUGGUCGAAUUGGGCCUUCAGCCAAAACAGACAGGCACGGGGCCCUGACGGUGGGUCAAUCCCCUCGGGGUCAUCACACUAAUAAGAAGUCCGCCUUCAACCAGAACUGGGAAAAUUCGGACAUGAGUUUCUUUGCCGAGACGCCGAGCAAAUCGCUCAUCUCGGAUUCUGGAGUGAUUUUCUCCCCACCGAGUAUCCUUCGUGAGACGCUCAGUGAUUCGGACUUGCUGCUCGACGGCGGGGGCAUUCUGGAACCGACUGGCCUAUCGAGUGCUCCCUGCACCAAAGCUGAAGAACCCGAGGAACAGAUCCUGGACCCCAAGUGGGAAAAGUGGGCUUGCGGCAAAACACGCGAUCAACUGUUUAUGACCCAGCAGGCCCACAACUGUCUGAAGAAGACUUCUCUGCAGCCCCGGUCGCUUAAUUUUUACAAGUAGGACGUAAAAUUCAGGACGUUUUUCAUUCUUGCGUGUUCCGAGUGUAUUGUCUCCAAAUUUUUUCUUCUCCAUGUCUUGAUUAUUCCGUGAGUGAGUGUAAUCUAGUUCAUGCAAGCAGGAUGAGUCUUUUUUCUUUUCGAAAUAUCAAUUUUUAUUCGAAUGAAUGUUUAGGUAGGGAUGUAAGGAAAAAGGGCGCAUGAAUCAGCUAUGAUUAUUUUUUAUCAUAAAAUUCAAAACAUGUCUCCGCUGUACUAUUUAAGACCCAGAAUAGACUAGUAAGAAACGGGUUGGGGUGACUAACAAAAACCUUUUGGAAGUAGCUCGUACUUCCGUUUUUUUUUAUAUUUUUCGAAACAAUUAACUAAGUGAUUUUUGUUAAGAAGAGAAUAAGUACCUAUCAAUUAGAGAGAUGCACCAACUUCCUUACUUGCAAAUGCUAAUUAUUAAUUAACAUAGACCUAAAAAAAAAAAGGAAAACAUACAAAGAUCUACAGAUGAUAGACCAGCUCAUAUAUUUAAGAAAGCUAGAUUGUAAGGAGCAAGAAAGUCAAGGUUUAUAUUAUUUUUUUGUUUUCGUCACCAUAAGAGAAGAAAAGGAAGGCUAACAAAACAAAACCACUUGAUUUUCGUUUUUACCGAUGUUUUUUUUUUAUUUGUACCAGUUGAUCCGUUUACAGAAGAAAAUGGUCUUUUAUUUAUUCUACUCUAUAAUUAUAUCCCGAAGAAAAAUGUAAUGUGCAGUUUAGGUGAUCAAUAAAUCAUUUAUUGAAAGCAAUCCGAAA